AUGGACAUAGUCUCCACCGGCUGUGCACUGAAUCUACUGGACUCUUGCUCGGAAGCCCUUGACGGCUUCAAGUACAGAAAUGACCUUCUGCUCCCCACCCACUGUGCUUGCAGGACUUGCCUGUGCAUGAGGAGGGCCGUUGAGCGGCGGACGUAUGUGAGCCGCCCAACCUACCUGCUCUCUCGGUUGGCAGAUGGCACCGGGACGCAUUGGCAGCUCUUGGCCUCAGACGUCGCCGCUUUCAAUGCUUUGGGAGACCGCCAGUGGCGAGCUGUGCCCCAGCAGCAAGCCUGCGGCAAUGAUUAG